CAGUGGGCGCCUGUGAGACUUUUUUGCACUGCGCUCUCCUACGUCUUCACGCACUUGUCCGCUGUCCCCUUUUUUCUUCUCCCUCCACCGCUAUUGAAUUACAGGCAUCCGCUACUUCAACCUCUUCAGACAAUGGUGUCGCUGAAGCUGCAGGCUCGUUUGGCGGCGGACAUCCUCCGCUGCGGCCGCCACCGCGUGUGGCUGGACCCCAAUGAGGCGUCGGAGAUCUCCAACGCGAACUCGCGCAAGAGCGUGCGCAAGCUCAUCAAGGACGGCCUGAUUAUCCGCAAGCCCGUCAAGGUGCACUCCCGCUCCCGCUGGCGCCACAUUAAGGAGGCGAAGAGCAUGGGCCGCCACGAGGGCCCUGGACGCCGCGAGGGUACCCGCGAAGCCCGCAUGCCGAGCAAGGAGCUGUGGAUGCGCCGCCUGCGCAUCCUCCGCCGCCUGCUGCGCAAGUACCGCGAGGAGAAGAAGAUUGACCGCCACAUUUACCGCGAGCUGUACGUGAAGGCGAAGGGCAACGUGUUCCGCAACAAGCGCAACCUCAUGGAGCACAUCCACAAGGUGAAGAACGAGAAGAAGAAGGAGCGGCAGCUGGCUGAGCAGCUCGCGGCGAAGCGCCUGAAGGAUGACCAGAACCGUCAGAAGGCCCGCAAGCAGGAGCUGCGCAAGCGCGAGAAGGACCGUGAGCGUGCUCGCCGCGAAGACGCUGCUGCCGCAGCCGCCGCCAAGCGGAACGCUGCCGCGAAGAGGGCUGCUGCUCCUUCUGGCAAGAAGCCCGUGAAGGCCGCUGCUCCUGCGAAGGCCGCUGCUCCCGCGAAGGCCGCUGCUCCUGCGAAGGCCGCCGCUGCUCCUGCGAAGGCCGCCGCUGCUCCCGCGAAGGCCGCCGCUGCUGCUCCCGCGAAGGCCGCUGCUCCUGCGAAGACCGCUGCUCCUGCGAAGGCCGCUGCUCCUGCGAAGGCCGCCGCCGCUGGAAAGAAGUCUGGUGGCAAGAAGUGA